AUCACCAAUUCCCCAUCGACCUCACCAACGUGGCCAAGGAUCACACAAACCUUGAGAAUGAUCAACUGCAGUCGCUCUACCGACGCCUCUGCAUUUUAAAUCGCUGUGCCAGCAUGCGUCUCGAUCAGUCGCACAAGGCGCAAACGCCGCAGCAGAAGGAGGACUCCGACGAUGAGAACUGUGCACUCAGCGAAAAUUGGACAUUCCAGCCACAUAUACGUCGUUGGUCGCGCAUCGGUGAAAUGGGUUUGGAGCUGCCACCCGCCGGCAAGUUGAAUAUCGAGAAGACGGAAAGCUCGUCCAAGGAAUCGAGCCCCGAUCGGUUUGAAGAUGACAGUUACGACCUAACUGGCGGUGGUCUCUCGCUCACGCUGCCCGGUAACUCUACAGAUUCCAUGCUCAAUGAGUCUUUCGACUCAGCGGCAGUGCGUUUGCGUCGCACUGGCAGUGAACGUUUCAAAGAUGGUGCCAAGGCAUUACUGCGCCGCGUGGAAUCGAUAAAGUCGCGCAGACGAAAGCGUCAAAACCGCGAAGGUAUUGUUAUAAGUGGACCACACGCUUUAGACCUGUCUCAACUGGGACAACGUGGUAGCUUGCGCAAACCUGAUGCUGUUUAUUCUACACCUCCAUCGCCAUCAGCGGUCAGUCCAGUGCACACAUUCCCUAAGGGUCCCAUGUUUGGCAAUGAGCUGAAAGUACCUUCGCAAAGUGAAAGUUUCCUUAGCCCGAAUCGGGCGAGUCCCAAACGCACACCGACCACACCACGUUCGAUGCGCACAAGUCCACUACAUUUCUUUUCCAACCCGAUGCCGCAUUUGAAGGAAGGCAAGUCGGAUGAUUCGUCUUCAUACUAUAGCGAUAGUCAGGAGUCGUCAGCGGGUGGUAAAUUGUCGCUGCGGAAGACACCAUCCAAGACACGCAGGUUCUUACAGCGUACUGGAAAGGUAGACGAUAUCGGCGCGCAUUCAGACUCGGAGUGUCACCACGGCAGAAAGCUAUUGAUCAAGGAUGCAAAUUCGAACACAACUGAGAUCAAGGUUAAGAAACUGACACGCGGCGGUUCUCUCAACCUGGGCAAGGAUCCGAAGAAGCGUGAUGGUUUCCGCACUGCGAGUUUUCGUUCGCGUUCCACCUCACGCAAAGAGUCCAAACCUGAGGAAGCGGAGCAUGUCAAACGCAGCCAACCCGUCGUACGAUGGCACAGUUUUCAGAUGGAAGAGCGCCCACAAAUGAUUUUCCGCAAAUGUUUCUCCCAAAAAGUCGAUCCUAACAUGAAUGAUCAUGGCAUUCCAUUUGCCGCCAUGUCGGCGGGACAGCUGCAUGUUCUGCGCAAGCUGGCGCUGGUCAUACUCACUGGCUACAUGGAACGCUAUUGUCCAACACAUCGCUCCGGCUGGAAUUGGGAACUGCCGAAGUUUAUUAAGAAAAUCAAAAUGCCUGACUACAAAGACAAGAAAGUGUUCGGUGUACCGCUGCUACUGGUGCUGCAGCGCACCGGGCAGACGCUUCCUGUGCCGAUACGCGCCGCAUUCCGCUGGCUGCAAGUGCGCGCGCUCGAUCAGACUGGUCUCUUCCGCAAGAGCGGCGUCAAGUCACGCAUUAUCAAGCUGAAGUCGGAGGUGGAGCAGCUCGAUUCCUCGGUGCUCUGCAUGGAGGUCUACGAUACGCAGCAGGCUUACGAUGUGGCCGAUAUGUUGAAACAGUAUUUCCGCGACCUGCCCGAAUCGUUGCUUACGACAAAAAUGUCCGAGACGUUUGCUGCGAUUUUCCAACAUCUGCCCAAGGAUGUGCGUUUGGAGGCUGUACAAUGUGCGGUACUUUUGUUGCCCGACGAGAAUCGCGAAAUACUCUAUGCGUUGCUGGAGUUCCUCACGCUGGUGGCAGCCAAUGCGGAACAAAAUCAAAUGACCGCCAACAAUUUGGCUGUGUGCUUGGCGCCGUCGCUCUUUCAUAGCAGCAUUUCAACGGGCACUGCUUCGGUUUCAGCCUCGCCACGACGACGCAAAGGCGCUGGCGUGCCCGACGAGAAGGAACUGCAAGAGGCGAAGGCGUCACACGAAUGCCUGGCCUUCAUGAUUGAGAACUACAAACGCAUUUUUACGGCAAACAAAGAGAAGAUUAGCAAAUGCAACUUUGGUUAUAUGGAAGAGUCGAAACCGGUGCCGCUUGAGGCGCUUGGCGAGGGCAUGCAAUUCCACAAUUGGCGCGGCUAUCUGUACGAGUGCACGAGUGCGACCAUUAAGGAGGGCAGAGAGAAAACACGUGGCUGGUUCACGAUCUCAUCACAAAACGACAGCAAUGUGGACAUUGCCUACAAGAAGGUUGGCGAUGGCCAUCCUCUGCGUUUGUGGCGCUGCACCACCGAAGUCGAGGGCCCGCCGAAAGAAGUGCUGGACUAUGUCAUUAAACAGCGCGCCUCCUGGGACGUAAACUUGCUGGAGAGCCAAACAGUCAAGAAGUUGGAUGAGCGCACUGAAAUUUUUCAAUACGCCAUAGAUGGCCAGUUCACCACCGAUUUUUGUGUGUUACGUUCUUGGCAAACGGACUUGCCACGUGGCGCUUGCGUCAUUGUUGAGACUUCCAUUGACCAUGCCAAAGCUAAGCCGAUGUUCGGCGCUAUAAGGGGUGUGGUGCUGGCUUCGCGCUACUUGAUCGAGCCGUGCGGCAGUGGACGUUCGCGCGUUAUGCACUUGGCGCGAGUGGACGUAAAGGGCCGCACACCCGAAUGGUACAACAAGAGCUACGGGCACAUUUGCUCGCAUUAUUUAUCCAAAAUUCGCAUGGCAUUCAAACAUGUGGCCGAGGGACCCGAAAGUAAGGUGUAAUGGAGACGUAUCGAAUAUUAAGUGGAAAAAAUGGCAAACACAGACUCAACUUAGGGGACAAAAAACAAACUUUAAAACAAUUUUGAUGCCCAAGUAAUGCCGAAAGAUCCCAAAGACAUCACAAAACUAUGGAAACCGAUAGUACUGAUUUUUACAAAUUCUUUUUUACGAAACUUCGAACGUCUCAAACCUUAAAGGCAUUUACUUUUUACAAGCGAAAAGAAAAACAAAGAAACAAUAUCAAGAAAAAUUUUGAAAAAACUAAGGUUUCACAAAACUUAAAAAGUACCUACGUACGUGCCCUAAAUACUUUGAAAUUAUUAGUUUUUUCUAAAUUUAUAAUACCAAAAGAAGUUUUUAAACAGAAAAGUACGCGUGAAAAAUAUACAAAAAAUUAUCAUAACGCUCGUGCGCUCUAAAACACUUUAGAAAUAAUACACAAAAUAGAAAAAUUUACAUUGCCAAAAAUUAAAAAAAAAUCAAAAAAUCGAUGAAUAAAUAGGAGCAUCAAAAUAUGCAUUCUCAACCAACAGUAGAAAGCGCCACAAAUAUCAACUCUACUAUUUGGGAAAUAGUACUAUUAUUAACCUAUAAAAUAUAUAAUAAGAAAAACAAAUUAAAGUAAAUAAACAUAUUUUUUUGUAUAUAUGUAUGUACAUGUAUUAUAAGGAAAAGGUUCAUAUAUUUUCCCAAAUUGACAGUAUGCAAUAUUUUUUCGUAUCCUUAACCAUUAAUAUAAUUGUAAAUAUUAAAAACAGAAAUAUAACUUUUAUUUAAAAGGCAUUGAACCACGCUAGAAAAUAAGAAAAUACAAACAAAAGAAAACAAAAAAUAUAGCAGUUAAUGGAAAUGUAUGUUAGUCGCCUAACACAAGAUAAUACUCAAAACUAAGCAUCACAAACGUUUAUUUUUUACCGAAAAUUUAUUUUUUCUUAAAAAAUCUACAUAAAGAAACAAAACUCAAA